GGAUAAUAUAAUAGGCUAAAAGGCAGACUAGACCCUAUCCUCAGUAUCAUGCAAUAAGACCCCUUGACUACUAGUUAUCGUUAAGAUCGACAAACAUGGCAACUUCUAUUGUGUAAGCUAGCGAUCAUGAAGCAAAUUGACUUGCAGUAUCUAACUCAACAGGCGAACUACCGUGUCGAUCGUGAAGUAUGCCAUCCUGCUGGUUCUGCGGCCCUUGCUUGUCGUGAUAGCUACCGGGGCGAUUGUGUCGCUAUACCGUUCUGGGCUGUUGGCCUUCCAGUCGAUACUCUACGAACUGUACGUCCCGAGCUUCUUCCCUCUUGCCUCGUUCCCCGUGCUAACCCCAAUGCUAGAUUACUUGCUGCAUAGCAUGUACAGCGCACAUCAUCGCUACACACUCGAAUGCCAUA